UGUGGUGACAGAAGUGCAAGGGUGAACUAGAAGAGGACGAGAAUCGAGGAGCAGAAUUUGGGGUAGAGGGGAAGUCGAGUAAGGCCCGCAGCGAGAGGCGGAGGAGAGGAGAGGAAGGGAAGGCCUGAGGGGAGGGGAGGGGAGCUGAGGUGAAAUUGAAAGGAAGGGCCGCGAAAGGGCUUGUUGUCCUGGAAGAAGUUUGAGGAAGCGAGAGACGAAACGAGACGAGACGAGACGAAACGAGACCACAGAUUUUCGUAGAGGAGGGACGCGAGAGGAGGUUAGAUAGGCAGACACUGAGCCGAGGUCGUGUCGACGAAGACUGGUACAAGACGAAGACGACGGGCGGCGAGAGAGCGGGGGAACUCUUUCCGACGGAUUUUAGAUAGCGGAAGGAGACUGGUCAAGAUGAGGGUUCAGUGUGAUGGAUGUGAGAGGGCCGUGGCGUCGAUUAUGUGUUGCGCGGAUGAAGCUGCCUUGUGUAACGAGUGUGACACCCGCAUUCAUGCCGCGAACAAGUUGGCGAACAAGCACCAGCGAGUUUCUCUGAUGGGUCAAACCGAGUCUCCUCGGUGUGAUAUUUGUCAGGAGAAGUCAGCAUUUUUUUUCUGCCUGGAGGAUCGAGCCCUUCUCUGUAGGGAUUGUGAUGUUUCGAUACACUCCGCCACCGCUCUGUCUUCUGCCCACCAGCGGUUCCUGGUGCCUGGAACGAGAGUGGCUCUGGAGGCUCUUAGCAAUUCAAGCCCCGCACCGCAAGAAACGGCUACAAGUGAAGAGCUGGCUCGGCAUCCUCUAUCUUCUAUCAUCAACGGCACUGCCACUAACUCGUCCAAGUCUCCAUCCGUUUCUUACAAACAAUCUUCGUAUUACACACCCACUCCUUCAUUCACAUCGCCGUCCUCAGGGAAGACUUCUGUCAUCACUUCGAACAAGUCUGUGGGGAUGAGCAAUACCUCUGCAAGUCAUCAAAGCGUGUCUAGCACUCAAGCGAAGAGGACAAGCAUUACGGAGUUCCUUUCUGACGCCAUUCCCAACUGGCGCGUGGAUGAGUUACUGAACAUCCCCGAGUUGGGAGAAGGAUACAGUCUCGGCGAUAUAGCGUCCUCCAAGGCCGAUCAAGCGAACCUCGGAGAUUACGAUUGGACUGCAGAUUUGAGUCUAUUUGACGAGCAAGUAUACGCCGAGUCUUUCCACGAGGUUCCACAGAUGUUUUCGAAUCCUGCUGCGUCAGGGAUGUGCCGCACGGGUAGAGCUACAGGAGCCAUGAAAGGCAAAGCGAAACAGGAUUCCCUCGUGCCUGAGUACGACGAUGCGUUUGUUGUUCCUGACCUUGGCCUUCACUCUGCUCCAGCCUCACCACCGGUGGCUAAGAGGCGGAGACUACUAGAAGUAUAAUAGUUAUAGUAUUACCGCGCCAGUCCGUUUUACACAUGGAUUUGUUCAGUCUUCUUGCGCAGUCACCAGAGUUGGCCGUGGGGUUACACUGACUCUGAUUGGAACUGACCGAAGAAGCUCGAAGACGACUUGGUGUUCAUACUAGCUUCAUCAGUUCAGGCAGAUGUCGAGUAGAAAAUGCUUUCGACGGAGCUUGAGAUCCGACAACUGGAGAAACUAUAUCCUGGAAUACAGGAGCUCAGACAGCAGCUGUUUUUUCAUGUAUAGAAACAGAGUCUAUACGUGUUACCACGUGGAAGCAUAACGCCAGUUUGGUGAGUACUUGAGGGUACUGGCCAAGUCAUCUUUCUCCACAUUGAGGUUCGCCCACGGUGAAGCUAGCCUCCCUGGUCCCGUAUUUCUUAUACAAUCGCUCUAUGCGGUAAUGGUAAAUUUUUGCCCAUAUUGAUCUUGGGUUUGCUCCUAUAGAUUCUGUCUUGUACAGAUAGCGUCCACUAUAGGAGUCUCAGCAUGAGUCCAGCAAAGUACGAGAAGUUAAGAAUCAUCGUUGUAGAUUUUCAUGCAGAGAAUGUGGACGCACAUCGAACUGCUGGAGCCGCAGAUAAUACAUCACCCCAAUAGAACAUCGUCGACGUUAGCGACUGGUACAGGUGGCAAUUUUAGUGACAGGAAAUUCGACGCUCUAAAACCUUUAGAAUCCUCUCAGUAGAGGCGGGUGACCUUAGAGUUUUUUUCAUCUUGUCAAAAACCUCAUUGUACAGCAGCAGGAUGUUGUUUCUUCUUGUAGAUUAGGCUCAGGUGAACCCUGGUUAUAGAGCGAGAGACAUCUUGGCUUCUGCAGUGUUGGAGCUAAUUACUUGAUAUCCGUUCUCAUUUCUGUCUCGGCUUCAUAUCUUGAAGAAUUGAGUUGUAUUAUGAGGCCCGCAUUUUCAGCGUUGCCGAUUCUAUUGGUGGUUACGGAACGGUGAUUUCACUGUCUUCAUAUUAUC